UGCUGAAAUCACCACGCUAAAAGAGCAAGAUCAUCUGAUGCAAUUCUUAAUGGGGCUCAAUGAUUCCUAUGCCAAUUUAAGGAGUUAGAUUUUGUUAAUGACACCAUUGCCAACAGUCACAAAAGCAUUGUCUCUAGUGCUACAAGAUGAACGACAACGAAAUAUCCAAUCUCUUGCAUCCCCUUCAUACCUUGAGCAACAUUCUGAAUCACGGUGUCGUAAGAAGCCUAGAAAUCCUAAUUAUCAAGCAACAUCAAUAAAGCGUGAUUUCAGCGAUUCUGGUUUUCAGCGGAACUCCACUGAACAACAUACAGCUUCUUCUAGACCACAACUAGUGGCCGCUACUGUUGACCAUGGUGAGAUAAGUUCUGCUGCAAGCUCACCUUUCACUCAGGACCAGAUAAAGCAACUACUUUCUCUUAUUCAACCUCGUGUCUCAACCUUCUCCAAUCCACUUGUUAAUAUGGCAGGACCUGCUGACGAAGAAGGUGAUUGGUUUGGCAAAUGAGCAUGAUGGUCUCUACUAUCUUGCACCUUCUACAGCCCCGUUUAUUUCCCUAGCUACUAUUUCCAAACUUGUGGCAGACCUCUGGCAUUUUUGACUUGGCCAUCCAAGUGAGGGUGUUUAUCGUAGUUUUACUCAUCUUGACAGUACAGUUUCUUUUAAUAAAAACUCUUGUAUUAUUUGCCCUUUGGCAAAACAAACAAGGUUGUCUUUUCCCUUAAGUUCAAUAACAAGUACUUAGUGUU